UCCACACUUGAGACUCCUUUCGCCAUAACCUUGGCAUAGUUCAACACUUGAACCUCCGACAACUUCGGACCCCACCGCCCUCGUCGCCGAGCCUCUUCCUCCUGUCAUCACCACCGCUGACGGCAAGUUAAAAGAAAAAUAUCAGGGGAAGAUGGCAGGACGACGACAUAUUCUGCCAUCCUUUGAUAGACGCCCUGCACAGUCUCCAGGGAUGAUGCGGCACGGACCUUUGCCUGGCUACCGAGUAGGAGAGACACUACCCCCUCCUGAAUUAUUGGAAAACAAAAUUGCAUAUCAGGCAGCAGAGAUAAAACAACUUGCAGGAGACAAUCAUAGAUUGGCCGCUUCGCAGGUGGAGUUGAGGCAGGAGCUUCUAGCUGCAGAGGAGGAAGUUCAAACUGUCAAGGCACACAUGAGAAGCAUCCAGACUGAGAGUGACAUUCAGAUCCGGGCGAUGGUUGAUAAGAUUGCCAAAAAGGAAGUAGAAGUUGUUGCCGGUGAGGUUGUGAAGAAGGAAUUGCAAAAGGCUCAAAUGGAAGCAUACAGCUUGGUGGAAGCACGGAAAGAGCUGAGAAAUCAAAUCCGACAGGCCACUGAUGAGUUGCAGAAAACUCGUGUUGAGGUUAAGAAACUGCCGGAUCUGCAUGAUGAACUUGAAAUUCUGAGGCAAGAACACCAUAGGCUGUGUGCUACUUUUGAAUAUGAAAAAGGUAGAAAUAUAGAAGAAGUGGAGCACAUGAAAUCUAUGGAGAAGAAUAUAAUGGGCAUGGCUGGAGAAGUAGAAAGGUUACGUGCUGAGGCCUUAAAUGCAGAAAAGAGAGCACAAGCCCCAAAUGCACAUAAUGGCGGAAACAUAAAUCCAGAUUCUUAUUACACUGUUACCGUGCCAGGUGCUAGUGCAUAUUUUGAUGGUUAUGGAAGGCCUUAUGUUUCAAUGGGUAAUAGGUCACUGGGAGAGGGAAUAAUUCACUUUGCCAGCAGCAGUAGCAAGCAGCAUGCUGCUACUGCUCGGGAUGGUGGUAUCUGGGGAGCAGCAUAUAAUCCCUUGCUUGACACUGCUUCUGGUGGUGUUACUGUCCCUACUACUGGGAACAGUGUAUGGGGAGGAGCAUAUGACUCUGCACUUGCUCGGGAAUAAACAUAGAGCCAGCCCUGAGGGUUUCAGGGUGGCUAAUUUUUAAAUGGCCCUAUGCCUAUGUGAAAAUUCAUUUUUUUUAAUUGUGUAUUAUGUUAUAUUAUUAUACUCGAGGCUAACUAGUGGGUAUUUAUGUAAUUAUUAUUGGUUUGUUUUUAGGUUAUUAUUUAUCGUAAAUGGGUUAUAAGUAGCUGCUGAGUAAAGAUAAAGUGCAUCGCCCUGGAAAACCUUUUGGAGCAUCACUGAGGAAUGGGGAAUCCAGGUUUUAAAAUUUCUUUUUUUCAAUCAUUUAAUUACUUCUACACUUGGUCACUAUUUUUUGUUGUUUAAACACUGGCAAUAAUAUUUUAACAGAAUAAUGAAGUAGUAUUAUUUGGUUAUUUUGCUGCCCUAGAUUGUCUGUCAUCAUGUUCUAUUGGUUAUUCUGCUGUGGUUUUUGUCAUGUAAGUUUUGCUAAGAAAAGAAGGCAAAUUGAUUGGGAUAGAAGCGAAAGUUGGUGGUCGGAAGUCACAUCUUCCUUUUGUAUCAUACUUUAUUCUGUAAAAUUGGUAAAACUUGUAUUUUAAUAAACGACGAAGUGUACAGAAUAGAAAUUACAGGUGGGACAUUGAAGAUGGACUCGGGUAUCAAAUUAAUUUGGGACACUCUUUGUUGUGUACUAAUGUCACAUGAAAAUAUUGGCUAGGUCAUGCAAAAUCUAUGUGGAGGUCUUUUUAUUUGUUUAUUUUAAAAUUUCAUGUCAAUCUC